AGCAGGAUUUCGGGGGUCUCAGCCAUGGCCGUGCAGGACCCUCGUCCCAACCACACCAUUUACAUCAACAACCUCAACGAGAAGAUCAAGAAGGAUGAGCUGAAGAAGUCGCUGUACGCCAUCUUCUCGCAGUUUGGGCAGAUCCUGGACAUUCUGGUGUCGCGCAGCCUGCGCAUGCGGGGCCAGGCCUUCGUCAUCUUCAAGGAGCUCAGCAGCGCCGGCAACGCCCUGCGCUCCAUGCAGGGCUUCCCUUUCUAUGAUAAACCCAUGAGGAUCCAGUACGCCAAGACGGACUCGGACCUGAUCGCCAAGAUGAAGGGAACGUUCGUGGAGCGCGACCGCAAACGGGAGAAGAGGAAACCCAAAGGCCCCGAGACCCCCAACCCCAAAAAGGGGGCGGCCCAGGGGGGGGCCCAGCCCGGAGCCCAGGGAGCUGUGCCGGGCCUGCCGUCGCUGUCGCAGCCCCCGCGGCUGCUGCACCCCCUGGGGCAGCCCCCCUACAUCCCCCCCCCGGGCAUCAUCCCCCCGGCAUCGCCCCGGGGCUCCCCAGGCUCCCUCCCCCCACAGCAGGUGCUGCCCGGGCAGAUCCCCCGGCUCAGAGCGUGAGUGUUUUUGUGCCCGCAGCUGUCGGAGAACCCCCCGAACCACAUCCUGUUCCUCACCAACCUCCCCGAGGAGACCAACGAGCUGAUGCUCUCCAUGCUCUUCAACCAGUUCCCUGGGUUCAAGGAGGUGCGGCUGGUGCCGGGCAGACACGACAUCGCCUUCGUGGAGUUCGACACCGAGGUGCAGGCGGGGGCGGCCCGGGACGCCCUGCAGGGCUUCAAAAUCACCCAGAGCAACGCCAUGAAGAUCUCCUUCGCCAAGAAAUGAGCCCAAAAACCGCCCUGGGAACCCCCAGAAACCCCCUGAGAGAGCAGAACCCGCCCCGGCAACUGAAACAGCCUCAAAUCUCAACCAAAACACCCCGAAAUCCCAAACAAAACUCCCCCAGAUCCCAUCCAAAACACCCCCAAAACAACCCCAAAUCCCACCCAAAAACACCCUCAAAAUCCCAACCAAAAACACCCCCAGAUCCCAUCCAAAACAACCCCAAAACAACCCCAAAUCCCACCCAAAACACCCAAACACCCUCAAAUCCCACCAAAAACACCCCCAAAACCCCCCUGAGAGAGCAGAACCCGCCCCGGCACCUGAAACACCCUCAAAU